GAUGCAUUUAAAGAUGGCGGUUUGGUCAACUGUUUAGCUGUAAAACUUAAUCUAGAUAUUUGGCAAGCCAAUAUUAAAGAUACGUUUACUAUUAGUCAGGCAGUAGCAGAAAGCCGACAACGCUGCCAGUUCCUCUAGCAAGAUCUUACCUAACUAUUGUUUUUCUUGCAUUUGGAAAAUUAAAACAAGCUAAGGUUAGCUAGUUAGCUGCCAAGCUAUUUAAUGGCAUCUAUUUGAGCUAUUCUUUGUUUCGCAGUCUAUUUAAGUCUAUUCAAGCACUUAAAGAAAUCUGCAGCAAACAUGGUUGGACUGUUCGAAAAAUAACUGCAUGCUAUUUUGGCUAACAUAAAAUAACAGUUGACUUGUUUGCCACGUAUUAUUAUGUUGACAGAUUUGAAUGCAUGGACACAGUUGAUGUUAGCGUAUAGCCUACGUUCGCUCUCUUCGUCUAACGUUAGCUCACUAAACUUUCAAGAUAUCAACUGGAAGUUCUACCGUUAACAUGGACUAGCCACGCGUCUGCAGAGCUGCAAACCGGCAUCUUCUCUUGAAAAUUAACCUGCAACAGUCUCGUCGGCGAAAAGAACUGCUUUUUCCCUUCUUCAGACUCACAAUGAGCAGCAGGAGGAAGCGUGCUCCUCCCGUGAGGGUGGAUGAGGAGACAAAGAAGAGGUUGAACUGGAACAUGCACGAAGAUCGGAGGAACGAAGACGUAGUCAUCCUGGACAAUGACGAGCGGACUUGGCCCCCGGGUCCCCCACCAGCACCCCCUACCACAGCCCGGGAGGAGGCUGCUGAAGCCUGCUGCUCCACUUCGGUCCGGCCCGCGGAAUUGAGUGAAGAGCCCCCGUGCACGUCCUCGGAUGCCGCCGCGACCCUCUCUCUCACAGUGCUUCCUGCUUCAGACCUGGACCUGGUCUGGAAAGCUCUGAUUGGAGAGUUCAGCCUGCAUCCCAGACAGUUCCCCUUGGAUGUUGGGAGUAGAAGGUUCUCCCUGCAGAGGAGCAGCGAUCGGCUCUGUGUAAGCUUCCUCAAAGAGAGCCAGGCAGGGAACCCGGAGGAGACGGGGCCUGGCGAUGAGCACUACUUCCCUGUUGAGUGUUCUCUGGGUGGGGGAGUUCUGGAGGACCUGGAGUGGCUGCAGAGGAGGAGAGUAAUUCAGCUCUGCCAUAAUCAAGGAGAUGUAUACAUCAAGGUGGGGAUUUACAUCCUGGAGGCUUGCUUGGGACGGCCCGAAUUCCUGAGCGAAGGAAAUGGACGGAUCAGGAAAGCCAAUCAUCUUCUGCAGAAACUGAUGGAGCUCUUUUAUGACUUCAUCAUCCCUGAGGUCGUCGAGAAUGAAGAAGAGGAGUGUGACACGGAUCUGGAGCGGCAGAACGUGGAGGAGCUAUACGACUACGUCAGACACCUCCACCAGGGAGAGGGCCAGGAUCUGAUCCGUGAUGUCCAGCACGAGGCCCUCAUACCCGUCCUCAGGCUCUACCAGUGCCAGGCCGUCAACUGGAUGCUGAAGAGAGAGAGGUACAAGGACGAAGUCCCUCAAGAGAAAUCACUGCAUUUCCUUUGGAGAGAGGUGGUCACACUGUGUGAAAAGAAGCUGUACUACAACCCAUAUACAGGCUGUCUGAUCAGAGAGUUCCCCCUGGCAGGGGUGGACUGGCCAGGUGGGAUCUUGGCGGAUGAGAUGGGCCUGGGCAAGACAGUGGAGGUUCUGGCUCUGAUCCUGUUCAAUACGCGCCAGGGCCUGGACCAGGGCGGCCUCACACUUCCUGCGGGACAGUCGGUUAACUAUUUUGUCCCCCCUCCACUGAGAGAAAGAGAGAGAAGAGAUUAUUUCAAGCAGGAGAUAAGACCAAAAGAGAAGGUGUCCUAUCCUGCUGUACGUGUGAUGCUUCUCGCUGCUAUAAAGGAGAUGAGGGUCGGGAAGGGUGCCUCUGUGAAUGCCAUUUUCACCUACAUCCGCACCACGUACAACUACGACCUGCUGAAGAACCGCACCCACAUCAAGAAGACCUUGGCCAAGCUCAUCAAGGAGGAGAUGGUGGACCAGGUCAAAGGCCGUGGGCUGGCAGGGUCAUUCAAGCUCGGGAAGAAAUACAAAGAUAAAAAUAAAAGGAUGAGCGCUGCGAAACCUAAGUCUUCCAACGCAGAUGGCGGGCACAGACGGAGAACCCGCAGGAGCUCGGGGCCGGGGAAAGAGUCUGCGGCGGACUCUGAGACCACAGGGGGGCGCUCUAUUGAACCUGAACCGGAUGCCGUCCACAGCUCCGCCCCGCCUGGCUCCUCUGUGGGAGAGAGUGACUACUGCUCAAAAGACAUGCGCUUGCAGGAAGAGCAAGGUGGGGAUGAAGCACACAUCCAUGCUCAGGACUGCCAGCACGCCAGUGAUCUAGCAGUUGGGACACAGGACCCAGCCGUCAGAGCCAACAAUGGUCUGUGUCCCACCUCUGUGAGGGAAAGUGAACCCGAGGUAAAGUGUCCCCCAGAGGAGAUUUUGGGGAGCCCCCCAUGCCUCGAAGAGGGUGUGCCUUCUGUACGAACCUCUAUGGUCCUCCCCUUUAACACUCCGGACUACCGCUUUGAGUGUAUCUGUGGGGAGCUGGGCCUAGUGGACUACAAGGCACGCGUGCAGUGCCUGAACUGCCUGCUUUGGCAGCACGCCGAGUGCGUCGGCUACAAGGAGGAGAGCUUGGGCACCACGCCCUUCUACUGCCCCCACUGCCUGGUAGCUAUGAAGCCCGUGCCCACGGGCGCCACCCUGAUCAUCUCUCCAAGCUCCAUCUGCCACCAAUGGGUGGAGGAGAUCAACCGCCAUGUUCGCUGUUCCUCCCUGCGAGUCCUGGUGUACCAAGGCGUGAAGAAACACGGGUUCAUCCAGCCCCAUGUCCUGGCCAAGCAGGACGUAGUCAUCACCACCUACGAUGUGCUCCGCUCCGAACUUAACUACGUGGACAUUCCGCACAGCAACAGCGAGGAUGGUCGCCGCUUCCGUAACCAGAAGCGCUACAUGGCCGUGCCCAGCCCUCUGGUGGCUGUGGAGUGGUGGCGCGUUUGUCUGGAUGAGGCACAGAUGGUGGAGUGCACCACCGCCAAGGCUGCAGAAAUGGCAUUGCGCCUCACCUCCAUCAACCGCUGGUGUGUUAGUGGUACUCCAGUGCAGAGAGGCCUGGAAGAUCUAUAUGGGCUUGUUUUGUUCCUGGGGCUGGACCCAUACUGGGUGAAGUACUGGUGGGACCAGCUGCUGUACCGGCCAUAUCGCAGAGGAAACACUGAGCCUCUGUACCACCUGAUUGGCCAGCUCCUGUGGCGGUCUGCUAAAAAAGACGUCAUUGAUCAGAUUCAAAUUCCUCCGCAAACCGAGGAGGUCCACUGGCUAAACUUCUCACCGGUCGAGGGCCACUUCUACCAUCGGCAGCACGAGGUCUGCUCCCAGGAUGCCCUGGUGAAGCUGAGGAAGAUCUCUGACUGGUCCCUGAAGCUGGGCAGUCUGGACCGCCGCACGGUCAACACCAUCCUGUACCCGCUGCUGCGGCUGCGCCAGGCCUGCUGCCACCCGCAGGCAGUGAGGGGCGAGUUCCUGCCCUUCCAGAAGAGCACCAUGACAAUGGAGGAGCUGCUGAAGUCUCUGCAGAAGAAGUGCAGAGUUGAGUGUGAGGAGGCACACCGACAGCUGGUGUGUGCUCUCAACGGUCUGGCGGGAAUCCACAUCAUCAGAGGUGAAUUUGUGGAGGCAGUGGAGCUCUACAGAGAGGUGCUACGCUCUUCUGAGGAGCACAAAGGCAGACUAAAAACCGACUCCCUCCAGAGGCUACACGCCACACACAAUUUGAUGGAGCUGCUGAAUGCGAAGCACCCUGGGAUACCUCCCACUCUUAGAGAUGAUCGCCUGAAAGAGGAGGCCGAGCAGCUGAGGCAGCACUACAUGACCAAGUCCAACUCUGAAGUGUCAGAAGCAAGAGAAGCCCUACAGCCUGUUCUGCAGAACAUCAGAGAGCUCAAACGCAAGGUGCAACAGCGCUCCCCCUGGUGGUUGGAUGUCAUACAGCGAGCAAUCCAGUGUUCCAUUGAUGAUGACCUCGUCCUUCGCAUCCAGAAUGAGCUGACUUGCAGUUACAAGCAGGAAGCCAAGAAGAUCUCCAUGGCAGACAAGUUCCGUGAUGGGCGGGGUCUGCAGUUUCUUCUUAGCUCACAGAUGGAUGACCUGAUGAAGUCCCAGAAAACCGUACAGGAUGCCGUGAAGAAGCUGGAGGGCCCGCCCUCAAAGAAGGUGAUCGAGGAGGCCACUAUCUGUCACCUGAGGCCUGUUCGUCUGCCGCUAAACAACUGUGUGUUCUGCAAAGCCGAUGAGCUGUUCACUGACUACGAGUCCAAGCUGUUUUCCCACACUGUGAAGGGGCAGACUGCCAUCUUCGAAGAAAUGAUCGAGGACGAGGAGGGCUUGGUGGACGACCGGUUGCCUACAACAAGCCGUGGCCUGUGGGCCGCCAGUGAGACGGAGCGUGCGCUGAAGGCCAUCCUAUCCUUCGCCAAGGCACGGCGCAUGGACCCAGCCCUGGGGGAAGAGGGCAACACCUUCAUGGAGCUUUUCGAGACCUGGAAGAAAGAGUACAAGCUGCUGCAUGAGUACUGGAUGGUGCUGAGAGACCACGUGUCAGCGAUCGAUGAGCUGGGCAUGGCCACAGAGCGAUUGCGUGUCCGCCACCCAGAUGAGCCCAAGCCAAAGGUUCUGCACAUCAUUGAGCCACAUGAGGUGGAGCAGAAUAGGGUGAAGUUGUUGAAUGACCGAGCCUUGGCAAAAUCGCAGCUACAGAAGAAAUUAGGGCAGUUUCUAUACCUCACAAACCUUGAGAAGUCCCAGGACAAAUCCACCGGGGGCUUGAACCCUGAGCCAUGUCCCAUCUGUGCACGCCCUCUUGGACAACAGUGGGCGGUCCUAACGUGUGGACACUGCUUCUGCAACCAAUGCAUCGCUAUCAUCGUGGAGCAAUACAGCGUGGGCACUCGCCGCCGCGCCAUCAAGUGCGCCAUCUGCAGGCAGACCACCUCCCACACUGAGAUCUCCUAUGUGUUCACCACCCACAUGGCCAGCCAGGGACAGGAGAUCCCAGUCAAGGGAAGCCACUCGACCAAGGUAGAGGCAGUGGUGAGAGCUCUGAAGAAGAUCCAGAUGACAGACCCAGGGGCCAAGUCACUGGUCUUCUCAACGUGGCAAGGAGUUCUGGACAUCAUUGCUCAAGCGCUGUUUGACAACAACAUGGAGUUUUCCCAAAUCAAUGGGAUCCACAAGUUCCAGGAAAACCUCUCUUCCUUUAAGUAUCAGGAAAAUAUCAACAUCCUGCUGCUCCCAUUGCACACGGGGUCAAACGGUCUCAACAUCAUCGAGGCCACGCAUGUCCUCCUGGUGGAGCCUAUCCUCAACCCCGCCCAUGAGCUGCAGGCCAUCGGCAGGGUCCACCGUAUCGGCCAAACCAGGCCCACUUUUGUUCACAGGUUUCUCAUUAAGUCCACAAUAGAGGAGCGAAUGCAGGCCAUGCUGAAAACAGCAGAAAAAAGUCAUGGCACCACCACAAUGAAGCACUCGGAGGCCUCGGUGCUGACGGUGGCUGACCUGGCAGAUCUCUUCACCGAGGACACCGAGGCACUUGAGUGACCGGCGUCGCCCGGGCUGAGGCGUGCCCACAAGCACCAGCACAUCAUUGGGCCAGAGCAUGCGGGGGGGAAGAGGGUACAGCAGGGGUGGCUACUGGAAAUCCGUGGGUGUUGCUUGUCCACAUUCCUACUCAAAUCUUAUUUGCAUCAUUGGACAGGGAUUGCAUCUUUGCUUGGCUUGGAUCACAAAUUGCCUGCCAUUCCAGCUGAGAGGCAAGUCCAUAAACCCUCAGGGCCUUGGAUCUCCAGGACAAGAGAUAGUCACCUCUGGUGUACGGUGUUGAGGUGAAGGAAAAAUGCCAGGUAUGCACUGAAGAGAAAGGAUAGGACAUAUGAAAUGUUUUCUUUAAAUUGUAAUAAUAUCCAGCAGCUAGUAAUAUUCAGUGCCUGCUUUAAAAUUUGAUGUAGAACAUUCCAGUUUUGAAAAGAAUUGCCCUUGUGCAAUCACGUAAGUGUCCAUUUGAUUGGAAUAAAAUGUUUGAUAGUGUAUUUCUCUAAUCAUGCAUUGUUGUCAUUACACUUUGGAAGAACUUUAUUUAUUUGCUCCUUCUCACUCACUAAUCUUCCCAGGGCACCUUUGUUGUACUCAGCUAUAUUACACUUUGCAUUUUGACAGCUUCACCUCAAUUUGUACGGUGUUUUUCAUCAGCUGCGCUUUAUGAAAGUGCAGAAACCCCAGGCAGCUCUGUUCCCAGCAUCAGAUUUCUGAAUUAUGUGGGAAUGGUGAAAUAGUAGGUAGCUUGACCACCUAAAUGAAUUAACCAUGGAAACUGGUUCAGUGCUAAAAGGUUUAAAUGGCCUCUAGACGGGGCUUGUCAAGUGUAGCCCACAGAAGGUGGUCUAAACAUCAAUGUAUCUGAUACUUCUGUGGAGAACCUUUUGUGGAAUCAGUUUAUUUCAAGGUCUAUGAUAGUUUAAGCUCUGAUAUUGGGUUUGUAGAUGAACUCUUGUGUUAGUGAACCCAAAUCAUGAUAAACAAACAUUCUUACGAUGAUCUGGAGACAAGUGUUUGUAGUGGUCUGAUAAAAAAACAAAAAACACACACACGCAUUGAAGUUACUGUGCGUAAUCACUGACCUGGAAGUCAAAUGUAGAAUAUCAUUUGCUUCCUAUUAUUGAUGUCAGUUUUUCUUUCAGAGUAUAAAAUGAUCAGUAUGCAUUUCAAGUUGGCAUUUGUGACGUGGGGAGGGGCAGUCUACUUCCUGGUUGUAAAAAUGUUGGGGAAGGAAGCUGUUGGCCCUUUACAGCUUGUGGUAGACUGUCAGCUUUGUGGAAUCGCCUUCCAUUCAGUGGCCCCUUUGAGUGCGUUGUCUGGGGAAAUGACAAUCAGGUCUAACAUUCUGGAGCUUUGUAUUGUUCCCUACACAAAACAGUGCAUGAUUCAGUGUCCAUAAAACUUUUCCUGUAAAGUCAACUUGUAAAGUGCAGGAAAUUUGGAAAAUAAAAGGUGUUGAAAAAACAAACAUUCCUUUCCCCUUGAACAAGGAGGUGAUGGGAGAGUGACAAUGUUUUGUGAGAGAUCUGACUAACUUGGCAACUUUGCUAUAUUAAAAAAAAUCAUUUAAAGUGAAAGAAUGAGUGGCGGCUAGUACAUUGUUUUAUUCUGAAAUCCAUGGUAACACAAGGAUUUAUGUUUCAAAAAUGACAAUAAUUCCUUACAUUGAGAACUGUGAUCUUAAGAGACCAAAUCAUAUUUUAUUUCACUUUUCUGGUAAUGACAUACCAGGAAAAAAAUUUAAUUCAUGCAAAUCUGUUUUCAACUUGAUAAACUGUCUUUCUAUGGGGAGCUUUAUUGCACCUUGAAUGUAGUCCAGUUUUGUCUGAAUCAUGAUUUCAGCUAUAAAUUUAUUUAACAAUUGAGACUUAUUAACUCAUUGCUGUCAAUUGCAAUCCUGGAAGGAGACCCAGGAUUAAACUCAAGUUUACCACAUUUGCACUUUCGUUUUUGUCUACAAAAUCAUGGGUAUCCAAAGCUGGCAAUAAUGGUCUGGCCCUUUCGAAUCAUGUUAAUGUGAUUAUCUGUUGUGAAUAAUCUGCACUGAGAGAGCAGUUGUUUUUAUGCUUUGCAGAAACUUGUACCCUGUACAUUGUACCUCUUUAUUAAUUGUAAUAUGUGAAGUAAUGCUUGUGAGUCCUGCGAUAUUUUAAGCUCUCCACCAAAGUUACACUCAGCAUUGUAAAUUUAAAAUGAUUCAUUCAGUUUUUUUCUUUAUUAGUAUAUGUAAUGAAGGAACUUGGAAAAUAAAUUGAAAAAAUUGACUCUA